CAUCAUGUGACCUACAAUUCACAGCUGGUCACUGCAGUCACAUGACUCUGCUGUAGCCAUCACACUGUCCAGGUAGAUGAUGUCAGGUCAGUAUAUACAUAUGAUCCUCUUUAGCUAUGAUUCCCGGCUCCCGGAUCAGUGCACAGCCCCCACCAUUACUACAGACAGCGCCGCAUGUAUUCACAAACAACACUCACCCAGUAAAACACUUCCGAUUGGCCACCUUGCCUCCUCCAAUAUGGCUCCUCCAAUAUGGCGCCCACAAUCUCCCUCGCCCCCACGUAAUACGUCAUCACUAACGUCGCGCCCUCCUUGUCAGUUAAUACCAUCGAGUUGCAGACACUCGUCCCUGAAUGCCCUUUGUGGUGGAAGGUCCUCCGCCCCGCCCCCUUGCCUCGUUGUCAUUGGCGGACGGAUGUCUGUCCCCGCCUUUCCCCUCUGCACCGGAAGUGACUGGUAGAGCGGAUCGAGCGGCAGUGCGAUGACAUCUUGGCGGAGCUAAGCAUCCGGCUGCUGAGGCGGGGGGAGAGAUGUGUCUGGCCGGCGGUGUACGGAGGGGUCUGGACACCGACUGACUCCAGAGCCGUUUAUGCCAGAGUUAGCUGCUGCUAAACAACCUGACAAGAAGUCUUCCAGCUCAUACCCCAUGCUCUGAAAACUGGACACACUUGUGUAUUUGUCAUGAAGAUGGAGGCAGUCAGCAAGGAUGAACAACUUCUAGACUCUGAAGUGCCUCCUCAUGUCACCCAGGAGAAAGCGGACUCUCAGGCCGAAGAAGGAGCCCUAGAUCUACAGACGCCUCCCUCUGUGAAAGAUGGCGCUGAAGACGUCCCAGACUCUUCCGGACUCGCGUCAAUGCCUUGCCUGCUGAUGGAACUGAGAAGGGACUCAUCUGAGUCUCAGCUGGCGUCUACGGAAAGCGACAAACCCACCACUGGCCGGGUGUACGAGAGCGACUCCUCUAACCACUGCAUGCUUUCUCCUUCUUCCAGCGGACACCUGGCCGACUCCGAUACAUUGUCUUCCGCUGAAGAGAACCAGACGCAGCGUCCUCAAGCAAUAACCGAAGGCUGCAACAAUGCCAGCCAAGGAGCCGCCGUGGCUCGCAAGUCUCGGAGAUCCCGGUCAGAGAGCGAAACCUCCACUAUGGCUGCCAAGAAAAAUCGCCAGUCUAGCGAUAAGCAAAAUGGUCGGGUCCCCAAGAUUAAAGGUCACAGGAGCCAAAAGCACAAAGAGAGGAUCAGACUGCUGAGGCAGAAGAGAGAGGCGGCCGCUCGGAAGAAGUAUAACUUGCUGCAGGACAGUAGUACAAGUGACAGCGACCUCACCUGCGACUCGAGUACGAGCUCAUCGGACGAGGAUGAAGAGGUUUCAGGGAGCAGUAAGACAAUCACAGCGGAGAUUCCAGCUGGCUUCAACCGUGCUGGGGGAUCUGCAGGAACGCCCAGGGAUAUUCCAAGAUUGCUUGAAAGGGGCACCGUGUGGGAUAGGAACUGCAUAGGCAAUGUCCUGGAAGAAGCUAUGAACUGUUUUGCAGAGAUGCAGAGACAGACAGAGGAGAAGUUCCGUAUGUGGAUAGAGAAACUGACCCGACUAGACACAGACGAGGAGAGUAAGCAGCAGCUGGAGCCCGGCGACACCAAGCUGCACCUAGGCGGCCAGAGCUUUACGCCAAGCAGCUCAUCGAGUACAUUUGUGGCAGGGCAGGAGAGUCCCACCUUCCCCCAGCAGGCUCUCGGCUCGUACGUCAGUUACCAGAAUGUUGACACCUUAGAGUUCCCUCCAUCUGCAUUAAAUAACAAUUUCCCAGACACCUUCCCAGAAAAUGGUAACAACAUAACCGAUCAAGAAAUUAACCAGUCCUAAUCACCACCCACCCCUAAAUAAAUUCUCAUUGUUCUCGAAUUGCACUAAACGACGGCCCUCUUACCGCAGUUGAGUCUCUUACGAAAAACACCAAGGGGGCUGAUGGUUAACCAAGUCCUUCUACCAAAGCUUGGCUGAAUGCAGAAUGUUGUUGUAAAAAAACAUAUUUGUCUGCACCAUUUGCAUGCCUCCCCACCUGACGGAGGGAUGAAAUUUAGAAAAAGCUAUCUUAUACAUCAGGGCAAAUGAACAAUGUCUUUUGAACCCUAUUGAUACCAAUAUAUAUGCUGUUCUAAUAUGAUGCAGAUGGAGUAUUUUGACAGAGACCCUACAAAGUAUUAUAAUUUUUAUGCAAGUAGAUGUAGGUCCGGUCCAUACAUCGCUUCCCGCGUCACGACUAUACUACCCCUUCCCCUGUAACAUUUCUCACCCGGUGUGUGCCUCAAUAAGAUGCCUCCUUUUUAUAGACUGUAUGAAAUGUAUUAGAAUUUCCUGUUGAAUAUAUAAAGAAUGUUCUGUACUAUAACCUGCUUUCUUAAGUUUACUGUCUGUAAUGUCUCUGCUACCUAAAGAAUGUUUUUUUUCUAUUCUCUAUGUAAAGUUCAAUAGCAUAUACAAGUGGCCCGUGGGUUCUCCACAGGUCCUGCCUGCCUUGCUGUAGACCGGUGUUACCCCAACCUGGGUCUCUCCAGCUGUAGCAAAACUGCAAUUACUAUCAUGCCCCGACAGAUUCAGCUGUCAGGACGUGUAGGGAAUUAUAGCUUUUUGAAGAGCUUGAGACAGGUUGGUAAAUACUGCCACAGAAUAUUGUGGUCACCUGAUACUGAGCCUCCAGAAGAGUGUUGUUCCUGGCAUAACAUGUUCCUGCUUCACUUGUUUUAUCAAGUCCUUGUGUCCUGAGAAUGCAUGGAAACCUUUACUAAAUGGGGAUAAUUUUUAGUACUUUUCUAUGUGAUCAAGUCAAUGACUCAAAAUGUAUAAAGAAAGCCUUAAAGGGUACCUGUCAGCUCCAUAUCAUGCUCAGCUGCGAAAGGGGAGAUAAAACAAAUGAUACUGGUCUCUUAGCCGAUGGCUACAAAGACUUAAAAUCUCCUUUUACUUCUAUGCUCGAGUUGUAGAGACUGGGUUAAGCUGCAGCAUACAUAGACCUCAUUUACUGCCUGUACAU